AUGAAGUUCCACGCAGCGGCCCUCACCCUUGCGUGUAUAGCCAACUCGGCCUCGGCCGGAGUGGUCCAGCCAAGGGCAGAUGAAGUCCAGUCGGCCGAGCAAGGCCAGACGUUCUCCAUCACCCAGAUCCUGAAUGAGCGUUACAAGGGCGAUAUCCCGGCCGCCUACAUCUCGGCUCUAGCAAAGUACAGCCCCAGCCUGCCGGAAAACGUCAAGGAAGCCAUCAAGACCAACCCAGAGUUGAACCGCAAGUUCAGCAAGUUUCUCCAGGCUGGCAACCAGACUGGCACUGCGGUUGCCUCUCCUCCUCCGGGAGCUGAUGUGGAAUAUGUGCUGCCGGUCAAAAUCGGCACCCCGCCUCAGACCCUGCCCCUGAACUUGGACACGGGCUCGUCCGAUCUCUGGGUCCUCUCAACCGACACAUACCCGCCCCUCAUCCAGGGCCAGGCGCGCUACAACUCCUCCGCGUCCACCACCAGCAUCCGCCAGGCAGGCCAGUCGUGGGUCAUCCGGUACGGCGACGGCUCCAGCGCCAUGGGCAUCGUGUACAAGGACCGCGUGCAGAUCGGCAACACCUUCUUCAACCAGCAGGCCGUCGAGUCGGCCGUCAACGUCUCCAACGAGCUCAGCGAGGACUCCUUCUCGUCCGGCAUCCUGGGCGCCGCCAGCAGCACCGCCAACACGGUCCGCCCGCAGAGGCAGACGACGUACCUGGAGAACAUCAAGAACCAGCUCGUCAGGCCGGUCUUCACGGCCAACCUCAAGAAGGGCAAGCCGGGCAACUACAACUUCGGCUACAUCAACGGCUCCGAGUACACGGGCGCCAUCCAGUACGCCGCCAUGAACCCCCAGUCCCCGCUGUGGGAGAUCUCCGUCAGCGGGUACCGCGUCGGCAGCAACGACACAAACUACGUCGCCCGCGUGUGGAACGGCAUCGUCGACACGGGCACCACGCUCCUGCUGGUGCCCGAUGACAUCGUCAACGCCUACUACGCCCAGGUCAACGGCUCCAUCUUCAGCAACAGCGUCGGCAUGCAGCUGGUGCCCUGCGCGGCCAAGCUGCCCGACUUUGCCUUUGGCCUGGGCAACUAUCGCGGCAUCGUGCCCGGCUCCUACAUCAACUACGGCCGCAUGAACUCGACGUACUGCUAUGGCGGCAUCCAGUCGUCCGCGGGCGCGCCGUUUGCUGUCAUCGGCGACAUUGCCAUCAAGGCUCAGUUUGUCGUCUUUGACAUGGGCAACAAGGUUGUCGGAUUUGCCAACAAGAACACGACCGUCUAA